AUGGAAUAUGAAGAGGAUGAUGAUAUUUCCUUUGCAAAAUGGAUGAGCAGCUUCUGGGGCCACAACUUGAUUGAUGACGAUGAGAAAGAGGGUAGAGGCUACAAGAAACGGCAGACACGAUUCUUCAGUGAAAGGAGAGCCUCCCUCCCGGCCCGGCUUUCUUCCUUCCACGCAACACGGCUUCGUGCUUCUUCUAAAGACUCAUCUUCAGAUCAUCUCAAGGGCUCCAAGGAAUUUCAAGAAGACCAAGAAAUCAAAUGCCGCUGCCACAGGAAAGCAAGCAGAACACCUUCAGGAGAGAGCUCAUGCCCAGAGGCAAGAUCAAACUCCAUCCAGGAAUUUGCAGAGUCCUUUGAAAAGCAAUUGCAUCUGAAAAGCAAACGCUCAGCUUCUUUGCAACCUGAAGGUAUGAAAGAGAGAAGAGAAAGAUUGCAUUUGAGAAAAAGCAAGUCUCACAAGAGAAUGGGAGAGAAAACAGAGCCAAGGAAGGAGCAGGAAGAAGAUGAAGGUUCAGAAGUUGUACCUGCAAAACACAAUGAACAGUUUCCAACACAAGCAAGUACUGGGAAAGGAUAUUUAUUCACAGGCAGUUAG